AUGGAGGAUAGCUGGAUUCUUAAGAAUGCCAAAGCCACCAAGACAGACGACAAGACGAGCCUUAACAGUAGUGGCACCGAUCGGGACAGUUUCAUGAAAUCUAAUGAUGUUGGCCCUAACUGGGACGAGGUUAUUCCUGCCGAUAAGCUCGCUGAGACAAAGGCUAAAAAGGAGGAGAAGCAGCAUAACUACGCAAUUUCACAAGAUCAUACUUCCGGGAAGGAGUCUCAUAAAGAUAACCUCCUAGCAAGCUUUGGGAAAAGACAACGGAUGGACAAUGCUUCUAUAUCACUUGGCGGGAGCAGACUGUUUCAUCGCUCGACGAAUAUGUUGGCAAACUUGUCAAGCGGUGAUGAUGCAGUAGCUCAAAAUGAAGGGUCCGAUAUGGAUGAAUCCUCAAUAGACCGUGUUAAUGUCUUUGACUUCUUGGCAUCGCUUGGAUCACAACAAGUACAGCGCCCUCCUAGCAUUGCUGCUCAGCUUGUUCACCUCGAGGCCCAGUUUCGUACCAAGAAUCCGACACUGCCCCCUAAUCAGAUUCGCCAAAUGGCAACAGAGCACCUGUCCCGCCUUAUGGUGGCUCAGCGCACCGCUAUGAACUCUGCUGCUCAAGGCGGACUUGCUCCUAGUAUCGCCGCUAGUAUCGCCGCUACGACAAGCCCCCAUCAAUACGCUAUGCCCUCGACUCAGAAGCAAUGGAGUUCCAUGGCUUCGCAUGGAGACGCUCGAAAUACAGAACCAUUUGAAGCGACAUCAAGCAACUCGGUGAACAAGGCCGAGGUCGCGAAGCUCUAG